GCCUGCUUGGAGACAGUGAUUUGGUUGAUGAAGCCAAGUUUCUGGGGGUUACUUUGGAUCCAAGAUUGCAAUGGGGCCUUCACAUUGACAGUGUUGCUGGAAAGGCCACCAAAGGUAUAUAUAAAUAUUGAGAAUGGCUUACUAUGCCAUUUGCCAUUCACAUAUAUCCUACGCCAUUCUGGCUUGGGGGCAUUCUUCAGGGGUCCAUAGACUGUUCGCCUUGCAAAGAAGAGCAGUUAGGGUUGUGAGCCGUCUGGGCUACAGGGACGAUUGCAGA